AUGCCUCAACUAACUGAAAAAACAGUGAUUAAGGUUCUUGUUUGUGGAGAUCGGUUUGUUGGAAAGAGUAGUGUAGUUUCAAGUUGGAGUGCAAGUAAAAAGAAUGGAAAAUUCAUUGAAAAAAGAAAAAAUUCUCAAGCGGAAAUAACGAGAAUGGAAAUUAACAAUCAAUAUUUUGUUGAUUUUUACGUUUUUGGAUGGGGGGAACCUCCGUCGUCAUAUAACGAAGUUCUCUCAGAGAAAACAAACUUUGUUUUGAUUGUAUAUGACACAAGUAAUAAUCAAUCAUGGAUUAAUGCAACAAGUGUAUGGUUGGACUGGUUUGAAAAAUUUUCUCCAAAUGUUAAUAUAAUGCUACUAGGUACAAAAACUGACACAUCAAGAAAGGUUUCAUCUAUUAAGGAUUGUGAAAACUUUUGUAAAUCGUAUAUUUUAAAAAGAGAAGAGGCUGGUAAUUAUGGCGUUGGGAAUGGUCUUUUUUUUAUGGAGGUUUCUCCAAAAAUAGGAACAAAUAUGGAUUUAACCUUGAGUAUUUUGUUAAUAAGGAUAUCCCAUUUGGUUUCUAUUUUAAAAGAAAACGAUGAUAUUCCACAAGAAAUUAGUUCAUCAUCAUUUCAAGUGUUACCAACAACACCAAGAAAUGGAUCAAGUAUGCACCAAAAUAAUCCUCAUUCCAGAAUUGAAUCAAACCUGUACCAAAAUAACCCUCCAUCUACGAAUGAUGAUAGCAUCAAUUCCAUGAAUUAUCAAAAUAAUCCUCAUUCCAGAAAUGAAACAAGUCUCUAUCAAAAUAUCCCUUCUUCUAUGAAUCAAAAUUACAACAGUUCACAACCUCAACCCUCUAAUGUCGAACAAUCAAAAAUACCCCUGUACAAUACUGGUCCAAAUUUAACUGAUGAGUUUAGGACUCCAACAUCCCAAUUAAAAAAGAAGGUGAGCUCAUCUUCUCAAACACCAACUGAUUUCGCCAGAUCAAAACAAAUACAAGAUUCUUAUGUACCAGAUUUCAACGAUUUUCAAACCAAUAGUGAAAUGUAUGGAAUCAAUGCCUCAGGAUUUAUUACACUUCCUCCAACUACAGAAACACAAGAAGAACUAAGAUUUCCUUCAUCAACCAAAGCCAAUUUUACUCAUAAGGUUCAAAGCUAUCAAGAGACAAAGGAGGGCUUUGUCGUACCCGUUGUUGAAACUGACUUAUUUCCUAAUCCUCAAAAACUAAAUUAUUUCAGACCUGUAACAACUUUUGACAACUCUGGAGCAAAAUUAAUAUUAUCAAUCAAUCUAGGAGAGGGAAGAAUAUGUAAAGUUGGUGUUGUUUCUGGAGACAACAUAUUCCAACUUGCUGAUCUUGUUAUUAAACAACAUCAAGUAGAUCCCAAAUUAAGACAAGAAAUAGCGUUCAACAUAAGAAACUCCAUCAACAAAUAUAUAGAAAAGCAACAAGGAACUGAUUCUUUUAAAAAGAAUAAUAAUCCAAAAAUUAGAGAAGCAGAACAAUUCAACCAAACAGCACAUUCCUUGUUUCAAAAUUCUACGUCAUUUCAACCUUUCAAUUUUGCUUCAGAUCAUUUACAAACAAGACCAAUCAGACCUCCAAUUCUCCAAUUAAAAAUCACGAUUUCAAAGGGAAAGAGUGGUGUUAUAAUGGUUAGAGAAGGUGAUGACAUUACAGAACUUGCAAAAAAUUUUAUCAAUACAUUUGGAUUAAAAAGAGAACAAUUACCAAAGAUUGUUGAGAAAAUUAAGAAACAUUUGGAAGUGGAGCAGGAAUCAGACCAACCAGAAGAGGUAUUACAACCACCACUUCAAAUUAAACCAAAUAUGGAAAGAGAUUUUAAACCAGAGCCAAAAAGAAAAACAUUAUUCAACCUUGACGUCGAAAUUAGUGAGGGAAAUAGUAAAAUUUUGACCAUUAGGGAAGGUGACAUUGCAACUAAUGUUGCAAAAGAGUUUUCAAGAAGGAAUGGCAUUGGAGGGAAUGCUGAGGUGAUGUUAGUACAACUGAUACAGUAUCAUCUGAAGAAUUAUCUCGAUCAAAAAUCGAAACAAUAA